CCAGGUUGAGAAGCCCUGGGUACAAGUGGCUCCACAGAGGCCAAACACAAUGCCCGAUCUGGGUUCCUUCUCCAGAUGGGAGCUCUUGUUCCCACUGCCCUGACCCCUGGCACAACCUCCAGAGGCAACGUCCCAUCUCACCUAUCUGUGCCCUCCUGCCAUCCGGGCACCAGCACCCUGGCCGCCGAGGUCCGAUCAGAGCGAUGGACGAGGUAGUGUGCGCCUCAAGGGACCCUGCAGUUCCUCCCCCAGAGCUAUUCCUGGCCUAGGCGUCUCCCCACCCCACCAGUCCUCCCACCUGACCUGACCCCACAGCUGGGAAUCAUCAUUGGCUGGGGGGGGGGGGGGGUCAGCCCCUGACUAUAUAAGCCUGGGCCUAGGUGUCCCAGGCAUCCUGGAGGUCUAGACCUACCCCUGCUGACCCCUGCACACUCCAGCCUGACCCCUCAGCUGGCACAGCAAUGACAGAAAAAGCCACCUCGGAGGCCCCCGCCUGUGGUCCGGAGGAAACCGCCUCUGAGUCUGCCAAGGCACCCAGCGCAGAGCCUUCUGGAGAAAUGGCAGCAUCAGAGCCUGCUGGGGAAGAGCAGGCUCCCGCACCAUAGGAGCCUGCCCCUCAGGCACCGGCCCCCACACCCGCAGCCACUAAACCUGCACCUCCAAAUGAAGACAUCCCCAGUGCCCCGCUGCUGCUGGCCGGGGAGGAUGUGAGCAACAGCUCAGUGACCGUGAGCUGGGAGCCCCCAGAGAGGCUAGGGCGGCUGGGGCUCCAGGGCUAUGUGCUAGAGCUCUGCCGAGAGGGAGCCUCUGAGGGGGUGCCCAUGAAUGCCCGGCCCAUGAUGGUGACCCAGCCGCCGACCGUGCGGAACCUGGCUCCGGGAGACCAAUUCUUCCUGCGUGUGGCUGCAGUGAGCUCUGCAGGGGCCGGCCCACCAGCUGUGCUAGAGCAGCCUGUCCACAUCCAGAAGAUGAUCGAGGCCCCCAAGAUCCGCGUCCCCUGCCAUUGUAGUCAGACCUGCAUCCGCCAGGUGGGAGAGACCGUCAGUCUGCAAAUCCCCUUCCAGGUAGCUCCUCCCUUCCGGGGGAGUCCCAAGCCUCAGGCCUGUUGGACCCACAGUGGCCACGCCCUGGACAGCCAGCGAGUGCACGUGUGCACUGGGGACCAGGACUCCGUCUCGGCCCAGAGCUCCGACUCAGGCCGCUACGAGCUCACUGUGCAUCUCGAAGAUUCGGAGGCCAGGGCAGCCAUCGACAUCCUGGUGGUUGAGAAACCUGGGCCCCCCAGCAGCGUCCGGCUCCUGGACGUCUGGGGCUACGACGUUGCCCUUGAAUGGACACCGCCCCAGGACCCAGGCAACACAGAGCUCCCGGGCUACGUGGUGCAGAAGGCAGACAAAAUGACAGGGCAAUGGUUCACGGUGCUGGAGCGCUACCACCCGACCACCUGCACCGUCUCUGACCUCAUCGUGGGAAAUGCCUACUCCUUUCGGGUCUUCUCGGAGAACCUGUGUGGACUCAGCACCUUGGCCCCCGUCACCAAGGAGCCAGCCCGGAUCCGGAAGGCAGAUAUUGUUGCCAAGCCUAAAGGGUUUGUCGAGCAAGACUUCUCAGAAGCCCCUUCGUUUACCCUGCCCCUGGCUGACCACACCUCCACCCCGGGCUACAGCACUCAGCUCUUCUGCAGGGUCCGAGCACUGCCCAAGCCCAAGAUAAUCUGGAUGAAAACCGAAAUGGACAUCCAGGGUGACCCCAAAUACCGCCUCUCUGAGCAAGGUGUCUGCACCCUGGAGAUCCGGAAGCCCAGCCCCUUUGAUUCCGGGCUCUACACCUGCAAGGCCAUCAGUGUGCUAGGGGAGGCAUCUGUGGCCUGCCGGCUGGAGGUCAAAGGUAAGGUUAUGAGGAGGGUCCUCCCAAGGACAGGAGAAGAGGAGAAGCCACCGCCUCUCCUGCUGGGCUAGAUGAGGCUGGGUGCUGGAAAUCAAGGCAAGACAGAGGGGUGGUAAAGAUGGAGAGGUCUGGCUGUCAGAAGGAUUUUCCAAGUGGGAGGUUGGCCCGGUGUAGAGAAAGGAGGUAAUAGAGUCUGCCACUCAGACUGAUCCAUUGACUGGGGUGAAGGGGUGUAGCCCUGAGCCCCUCUUGUCCCGCUGCCCCCAACUCGGGGCCCCUGCAGCUGUCCCCCUCCCCCACUCUAACUGCGGCAUCUCUUCCGGCCUCAGCCACGCACUGAAGAGCGACAGGAGGCUGUGAUGAGAAUGGUAAAUGUCUGGACCCGCUGUCUCUGGGGUCAGGCAGGGGGUGGGGGUGAGAGGGGAAGGUGGUGGUCAGCUCUGGGUACAAAUCUGCAGCGUCAGGCAAUGUGCACCCGAGACAGGGGUCUAGCCUUGGCUCUGUGUGCCCUUAGACCAGGGCACUUCCUUGGCAGCAAUGUGGGGGCAAUGACCUAUGCCUCACCUUCCCUCCCCAGGGGGUUCUGAGGCUCUGGACAGGCAGGGAAGUUUCCCGGAGCCGCAGAGGCAGAGCUCAGAGCUGGACACGGGGCCCCUGGGGCAGGAGGCCUGGGAAGGAAAGAGAGGGCCUAUGUCCCUGUGCCCUGUCUCUCCUCUUCAGAGGGCAGGUGGAGCCCAGCCCUGCCUAACAGCAGGGCUCAUGACACGUGUCCUCCACCAGGUGCUGCAGACCUGGGGGGGGUUGGGGCCACCAGGCUCAGCAUCAAGCUCCACGGAUGCCCCAGACCCCCAUUUCUGUGACAGCGGAUGGCUUUGCUCCCUGGUACCUGCCUAGCCUCCUCCCAGAGAGGCUGGAGCCCAGGAGCCAGAAGUAGGCCUGGCGGGCCCCAGGCCAGUCUCCCCGGGCAUGUGAGGGGGCCUGGAAAGUGCAGAGAUUGGAGCGCCCCUGCAGAGAGCUGCAGUCUGGGCGAGAAGCACUCAAAUAAAGG